AUGACGUUAGACCUGCAAAAUCAAGGCACAGCACGCGCCACGCAAGACGGCGCAGUCCGUGGACGUCACGAGGAGGCCCAGGUCGCCCGAUCUGCCUCUUUGCGCCGGUACGACUGUCGUGGGCCAAUGAGCGCAAGCCGUGGAACAAAGGACGCCCGCUCAAGACAACCCGCGACAACCACCCGAGGACAAAGAGGCUCAAAAUAA